GUUUCUUAAAAAAAAGUGAGUUGGAGAGGUGACCACAUCAAAAUACGGACUAGUUGGUUCAACCAAGAGCUAGACCUAAACCGGUUUUGUCAAAAUCGAUAACUGGACCCAUUUUCGUUUGGCCAAAAGCUAUGGCAAAAGCAAAAGAGACACUACUGUGAACUCCACUCCCCCAACACCAUUUCAAUCUCACAGUGGCGGCAAAACCCCACACACACAGAAAAAUCAAAACUUGAUGACGACGGAGGGACCCUCCUCCUCCGCCUCCUCCUCCAGCUGCAACCUAGCGAUUCUUGACUCUCUCACCGACGAUUCCAUCCGACAAAUCCACGAUAGCUACACCGGCUUCUGCGCCACCACCGCAACCCUUCUCACCGGCGCCGGUGACCUCUCCGUCGGCCCAGAAUUCAUCGCUCACGUCCAUUCCCUCUGCCACCACGGCCUCCACUCUCUCGUUCGCGACCACUUUCUCAAGUCACUAGAGGAAAUUUUUGAGCAAAAUGGAGCUUCGAAAUUUUGGCGCCAUUUUGAUGCUUACACCAAUUUUGCACUUCUCUCCAAAAACCAACCCCCUAUAUGCGAGAGUGAGGUUCAGGAAGUGUUGUGCAAAGCUCUAGAAGAGAUAUCUUUGGAAAAGCAAUACCAGGAGAAGUGCUUGUUGAUGUUGUCUCAUGCUUUGCAGUCCUACAAGGAUCAGAUGUCUGAGGGAAGGCAUCCUUCGGAUGCGGAGAGAAGCCAUCUCUUUUCUAGAUACCAAUUACUUGUGUCUUCAGUGCUUAUGGCUAGUCUUCCUCGGCAUUUUCCUGAGAUACUCCACUGGUAUUUUAAGGGAAGGUUGGAGGAAUUGAGUACAAUAAUGGGUGGAGAGUUCGACGAUGAUGAAUCUCAAGACAAAGAUGAAAUGGAUUUAGAUGAAAAAAGCAAAAUCUCUUAUAGGACUGGUGAAAUGGAUAUUGAUGAAUGUUCUCACCAGGGUAGGUUCUUGGAGAACAAUAAGUUGGUAAAGAACAUUGGGAAGGUUGUUCGAGAUCUUAGAAGUCUUGGAUUUACAUCUAUGACUGAAGAUGCCUAUUCUUCUGCCAUAUUUCUGCUUCUAAAGGCUAAAGUACAUGAUUUGGCUGGUGAUGAUUACAGAAGUUCUGUUUUGGAGUCCAUUAAAGGGUGGAUACAGGCUGUGCCUCUCCAGUUCUUCCGUGCACUUCUUGCUUAUCUUGGUGACUCUGUUAGUUAUGAUAGUCCUUCAUCUGGUCUCAAAUCACCUUUGGCUUCACAUCCUUCGUCAUGCUAUCCCGGAAUUGAUACUCCCUCUCAAGGACUUGUUAGAUGGCAGUUGCGGCUAGAGUAUUUUGCUUACGAGACAUUGCAAGAUUUAAGGAUAGCCAAACUAUUUGAGAUAAUUGUGGAUUAUCCUGACAGCUCUCCAGCUAUUGAAGAUUUAAAACAAUGUCUUGAAUAUACGGGACAACAUUCUAAGUUGGUUGAAUCAUUUAUCUCAGCACUACAAUAUCGCUUGCUUACUGCUGGUGCCUCAACCAAUGACAUACUGCAUCAAUAUGUUUCAACUAUUAAAGCACUACGGACAAUAGACCCGGCAGGUGUUUUUCUUGAAGCAGUUGGUGAACCAAUAAGAGACUAUUUAAGGGGAAGGAAAGAUACCAUAAAAUGCAUUGUGACAAUGUUAACUGAUGGGACUGGUGGAAAUCCUAAUGUAUCUGGAAAUGCUGGGGAUAGCCUUCUUGAAGAAUUAAAUAGAGAUGAAGAAAGUCAAGAGAAUACUGGUGUUGAUGAUGAUUUCAUCACCGAUGACAAGCAAGCAUGGAUCAAUGCUGCCUGCUGGGAGCCUGAUCCUGUAGAAGCUGACCCAUCGAAAGGUAGUAGGAACCGGAGGAAAGUUGACAUACUUGGGAUGAUUGUUGGCAUAAUUGGUUCAAAGGACCAACUAGUCAAUGAAUAUCGUGUUAUGCUGGCAGAAAAGCUUCUCAACAAAUCUGAUUAUGACAUUGAUUCAGAGAUACGAACUUUAGAACUCCUCAAGAUACAUUUUGGAGAGAGCAGCAUGCAAAAAUGUGAAAUAAUGCUCAAUGACCUGAUAGAUUCAAAGAGGACAAACUCCAAUAUAAAAGCAACCAUUGCUCAGACCCCUCUGACAGGGGCUGAGCCGGGGGAGUCUGCAGUGUCAAUGGAUAUUCUUGAUGCUACAAUCAUAUCUUCUAAUUUCUGGCCUCCAAUCCAGGAUGAGACCCUUAAUGUCCCUGAGCCAGUUGACAACCUGCUCUCUGAUUAUGCAAAGAGGUUUAAUGAAAUCAAAACCCCUCGUAAGCUUCUAUGGAAGAAAAAUCUUGGUACAGUCAAGUUGGAGUUGCAAUUUGAAGAUAGGGCAGUGCAGUUCACAGUGGCACCUGUACAUGCAGCAAUUAUUAUGCAAUUUCAGGAUCAAACGAGUUGGACCUCUAAAAAUCUUGCAGCUGCUAUUGGCUUACCUGUAGAUGUACUCAAUCGAAGGAUAAAUUUUUGGAUAUGCAAGGGAAUCCUUGCAGAAUCACUUGGGGUAGACUCUAAUGAUCAUGUAUUUACCCUGAUGGAAGGCAUGGUUGAAACUAAUAAGAAUGGUGGAAAUAGUGGUAGUUGUGAGGAGAUUUUAGUUGGUGAUGACGAGGGAGAGAGAUCUGUGGCCUCUGUUGAGGAUCAAAUACGCAAGGAAAUGACUAUUUAUGAGAAAUUUAUCAUGGGGAUGCUCACAAACUUUGGAAGCAUGGCAUUAGAUCGAAUUCAUAAUACUCUCAAGAUGUUUUGCGUAGCUGACCCCCCUUACGAUAAAUCGCUCCAACAACUUCAGAGCUUCUUAUCUGGUCUAGUUUCUGAAGAAAAGUUGGAACUGAGAGAUGGAAUGUACUUCAUGAAGAAAUAAUGACUUGUCAUUAAGCAAGUAGAGCUGGAAUGUCUUCAGGAAGAGAGUGCUAAAAUUUCAGAGUUUUUGCAAUCUGUACAUAGCCCUGUGAAGAUGGCAAAUCUUUGUGGCAGGAGUGUGUCACAAUUAUCCCGAGUUCUAGUUGGGACGCUAAUUGAACAUCAUCCUGUUUUCUGAUGCAAGUUGCAGUGUCUUUUAAGAUGGUUUCCAAUGGAUCUGUGGAGAGCAAUUUUGGGUUAUUCCUAAGAUCAUCUUCAAUUCUCUGCAGAAAACAUUUUUUUGGCGUGUGGAAUAUGGAUGCACACAGAGCUGGAGUUCUGGAGAAUAGGCAUUCAAAAUUGCAGGAAUUUGAAAAAAAAAAA